AUCGUGAGUAAGCUUUUGGUUUGACUGUUGACGAUGUCGUUUAAGUGAAGUUAGUAUGCAACUGGUACCGGUGCCGGCUUUUUAGCAAUUAGCCGCCAACAGAGGCGCAGCCGCUGAGGCAGAGCUUGUCGUUGUGGUGGAAAAUGGCACGAGCAGGCAAAUUUCUUGUUCCUCUCAGACAAUCUAUCUCGCUUAUUACCUCUUCAUGCUCUUUGGUUCCACGUUCCAGGCAUUCGAUUGAUGGCAAAGGUGGAUCUUUGAAGAAAUGGGUAAGGAGCUUCGAGCAUGUCAUGAACAGCCGCGCCUCGACCUUGAAUUGUAGAUUCAACAUUCAGAGAAAAUUCGUGCAGGAUUUCUGCUCGUUAGGAAGUAGAGGUAGUGGAAGCAUUUUUGGUGUAUCAGUCUUGUUUGGAUCAAUCUACUUUUGGUCACAUGUUGUCCAUGCCAUGGAUGGUCAUGAUGUUUUGAUGGAUGAGCCUGAUGUUGAAUUUUUAAGUGCUUUAGAUGUGGAAGAAGAUUUGAACAUUCUGUCAAGAUUUAUGAGAAAAUUUUGGCUGCCUGUGUUUUUAAUAUUUUGUGUGUUUGUGAACCGGAAUAAUCCCAUCACACUUGUGACUGAGAUCAUUUUUUUUCUCCUUCGUACCAAACCAAGCUGUUUCUCAAUUUAUCUUUUUGUUGAUCGGGUCAGUAAGUGCCCUUCUCUCUCUCUCUCUCACACACACACACACACACACACAUUAUUUAUUUAAGUUUUUAGCUUGGAUUUUAGCAUUGAGGACUUAAAACUUAACUGUGAGCCUAAAUGAGAAGUUUAAUUAGUUAAGCCAGAAGGUAUUGUAUGGGCAAACAAAUGGGAAUUGUGGAAUCCAUGGCUAAUGUGAAAAGUUAGAUUCAUUCUUCUUAUCCAACACAUCUUUGAGAUGUUUGGUAAAUACUUGGGAAAAUAAUUUAAAUAUUUAAUCAUGAUGAUUAUCAAUUCAUGUUUACCCUUUUUCUGGUCUUCAGCAAUUCAUGUUUACUUGAAUUUAGGAAAAAGAAUUUUUUAUCUGACUGUAUUUCUCAUAGCUAAAUUUUUUCAUGGCAAGCUUUUGACAGUAUCUUAAAUUUUGCAGUUGUGUCGUCAACUUAUGCGCCAAGAGCCACACUUGUAUAGACUAAAGUCAUUGUGUGCCAGCAAAAUUGAAGUGCAGGAUUAUCACCUUUUUUGCCUAGCCAGGGUUGUAGUUAGAGAUCAGAAAUUAAAUUUGGUGGGGAUUCUUGGAGGUUGGUGGCCAUUGCCAUCGUCAAUAUAUUUUCCUUCAUCACUCGUUUUCCAAAACAUCAUUCAAACACCAAGUAUUCAUAUCGCAGCAAAUUCAGAGUGGGUGAUUUUGGGCUUUUCUACUUAGCUAGAGUUGAAGUUGGAGGGAAGAAAUUAAUUUGCCAUGGACUUUUGAUGGUUCGUGGUUGUUGCCUUCGUUACUGGAUAUAUUUUCUUGGUUCAGCGCAGAUUUUCUGUAAACAAGGUAAUUAGUUGUGAUUAUAAAUAGCUGCUAACUAA